GGGGCGCUGCUGCCGCGGAAAAUGACCCCCGUGCUAGAAGCUGCCCCCGGGCGAGCGCGGUGGAGCCGGGCGAGCGCCGCGAAGAGGGCGGCGGGCUUGCUAGCUGCGGCGUAUGGGCUGAAAAUCCUCUGUCCGCUCGUCUGCCGGCGGCUGAGGCAGGCCGGCUGCAGGAAGGGCUUGCGGCAGCGGGCGGACGCCGGCGGGAGCUGCGGCGGCUGCCGCCGGACUUCAGAAGGAGGGGAAGCUCCGGAGGAGGCGGCGGGGCCGCUGCAUUGCCCGGGGCUGGCGGCAGGCAGAGCCUCGCCGGCAGCCAAUGCGGAAUUUUUCCGGCAGCUGCUCGAACUCCGCAAGAUCUUCUUCCCCGAGCUGGUGAGCGCCGAAAGCGCCUGGCUGUGCCUGCACUCGGUGGCGCUGGUCUCCAGGACCUUCCUCUCCAUCUACGUGGCGGGGCUGGACGGCCAGAUCGUGAAAUCCAUCGUGGAGAAGCAGCCGCGGAGCUUCGCCUUGAAGUUGAUCAAGUGGCUGAUGAUCGCCGUCCCGGCCACCUUUGUCAACAGCGCCAUCCGCUACCUCGAAUGCAAACUGGCCUUAGCUUGCCGCACCCGCCUGGUGGAUCAUGCCUACCUGACCUAUUUCGCCGACCAGACUUACUACAAGGUGAUCAACAUGGACGGGAGGCUGGCGAACCCCGACCAGUCGCUCACGGAGGACAUCAUGAUGUUCUCACAGUCCGUGGCUCACCUUUACUCCAACCUGACCAAGCCCAUCUUGGACGUGGUGCUCACCUCCUACACUCUCAUCCAGACGGCCCGGGCCAGAGGAGCCAGCCCCGUCGGCCCUACACUGCUGGCUGGCCUGGUGGUGUAUGCCACGGCCAAAGUGCUGCGAGCCUGCUCGCCCAAAUUUGGCAAGCUGGUGGCGGAGGAGGCUCACCGGAAGGGCUACCUGCGCUACCUCCACUCCCGGAUUAUUGCCAAUGGGGAAGAGAUCGCCUUUUACAGAGGGCACAAGGUUGAAAUGAACCAACUUCAGAAAAGUUACAAAGCUCUGGAAGACCAAAUGAACAUCAUUUUGUCCAAGCGUUUAUGGUACAUCAUGCUAGAGCAGUUCCUGAUGAAAUAUGUCUGGAGUAGCAGCGGCUUGAUUAUGGUGGCAGUACCUAUCAUCACUGCAAGAGGAUUUGCUGAUGGUGAAUUGGAAGAUGGUCAGAAACAAGCAAUGGUCAGUGAACGAACAGAAACCUUCACUACCUCACGAAAUUUAUUGGUCUCUGGAGCAGAUGCUAUUGAACGGAUUAUGUCUUCCUACAAAGAGGUCGCAGAAUUAGCAGGCUACACGGCCCGUGUUUACAAUAUGUUUUCGGUCUUUGAUGAAGUAAAGAAGGGCAUUUACAAAAGGGCAGCUGUUACGCAAGAACAUGAAAGCAGCAACAAGAAAAGAAAUCAAGCCAAACAGUGUAUUAAUGGCCCCUUAGAAAUCAAAGGAAGAGUAAUAGAUAUUGAUCAUGGGAUUAUCUGUGAAAACGUUCCUAUUAUUACCCCAAAUGGAGAUGUGGUGGUUUCCAGGCUAAACUUCAAAGUUGAGGAAGGAAUGCAUGUUCUAAUUGCUGGUCCCAAUGGCUGUGGGAAGAGUUCUCUUUUCAGAAUUCUAAGUGGUUUGUGGCCUGUUUAUGAAGGAGUUCUAUACAAACCACCUCCUCAUCAUAUGUUCUACAUUCCACAAAGGCCUUACAUGUCCCUUGGAACACUACGGGAUCAAGUCAUCUAUCCUGACUCAGUGGAUGACAUGCAUGAAAAAGGAUACCAAGACCAGGAUCUGGAAUUUAUCCUGCAGAUAGUUCAUCUGAAUCACAUUAUUCAGAGAGAAGGAGGGUGGAAUGCUGUGAUAGACUGGAAAGAUGUCCUUUCUGGAGGAGAAAAGCAGAGAAUGGGCAUGGCUCGGAUGUUUUACCACAGGCCUAAAUAUGCAUUGCUAGAUGAAUGUACAAGUGCUGUCAGCAUUGAUGUGGAAGGAAAGAUAUUCCAGGCUGCUAAGGGAGCUGGCAUAUCCCUGCUUUCAAUAACACACAGGCUAUCUCUUUGGAAGUACCACACCCACUUGCUACAGUUUGAUGGGGAAGGAGGUUGGCGUUUUGAAGAGUUGGACACUGCUAUCCGCUUAACUCUGAGUGAGGAAAAACAGAGACUGGAAACUCAACUUGCGGGAAUGCCAAAAAUGCAGCAGAGACUAAAUGAACUUUGCAAAAUCUUAGGGGAAGAUUCUGUGUUUAAAACAAUGGAUAAAGGAGAAUUAAUGCUUUAGAAGGUUUCUUCCCCACCCCAUUUUUAAAAAACAUAUAUAUACAUGCACUUUGGAUUCUAAGAUGCUAUGAUUUACAUAUAUGAUUAGCUUAGACUGCAAAGUUGUUUCCCCCAAUUUAACAGCCUUCAGAUGUGUUGAGCUUCACCUCUCAUAAUCCAGUGCUAUUUGGGGGAUUCUGGGAGUUGAAAUCCAGCAGAAUUGGUAAGAAACUAUAUGCUUUAGAAAAUUGUUGUGUUGAGAAAGAAAGUACUGUUGUGCUGAAUCUUAGUUAGAUUUGUUUGUUUUUUUCCUCUCUCAGUAUGAAAACUGGGAUCUUGAAGGAGAGUGAAAAGUCCAGUACAAAACCUUAUGCAUCAGAGACCUUCCGCACUUGUUAAUGCCUGUUUGCGUUCCCAUAUGCUGCUGCUUUGAUGCAAGUAUUAAGGCUUGCUUUAUAUGCUUUAAAAUCACUUAGGGGUCACUUAGUGAACCUUGUGAUGUCAGUGCCAUGUUAUUUUAUCAUGAUGUCAUAAUAUACCAAAGCAUCAUAAUAGUAAGUCAUUGAUGGACAUGGGAUAAUAUGACAGAAGGCAAAACUUUCCACCUCCCUUGAAGUCCACUAGACUAAUUGAACACUCUCCUUGACAAAUUUUCAAUCCACUCCACUGCUGAUUGUGCAUUAUCCUUACAAAUAUUUAUUGUAGAUGUAGAUAUGCAUCAGAUACAAAAUGAAAUUCUGUACUGUUUUUCAGGCACAGUGGCAUCCAAGAUAACUUACAACAGUCAAAUACCAAAUUAAAGAAUAAAAUACAACUCUCUGACAAUUUAA